AUGGAGGAGGAUUUCUUCAGGUCGGCGUUGGUAGACGCCAUUAUCCCUGAAGACACCGUGACCGACGUGUCUGAUAUUCUCCAAGCUGGAGCAGAGGCGCAAAUAGGCCCCAACCGCUUGCUCGCGGUCAAAGAGAGAGAGCUGCUGUUCUUUGAUGAACGGUUGAGAGCCUUGGCUGUUCUACGCCUCCCGAGUUGUGACGAAGACUCGUUGAAUUCGUACCUUGCACGACUGUCGCUCAAGGUAGAAGUGUGGGCGGUCGACGAAACAUCCAGCAGCGAGCAAAGCCCACCUAUUUCCCCGCCACCAAAGGAGUUGGUCUUCUCGGCUGAGGGUAUUCAGAAAGUCGAGCCAAUUGUUCUAGCAACCGAGUCAGCGGAUGGCGGUCAGAGCUUGACUCUUGUGUGGGAGUUCGAAAUAGUCCUCAACAGACCCAGAUUCCGCGUUCCUCAGCUCAGCAUCAUUCUGAUACCCUCAGCCAUCGUCAAUGCCCUUCGGCAGGACGAGACUGAGGAGGUUAGUGAUCUCACUCCCUUUCAACCGCUCGAGGCGAAUAUUCUCGAGCCAAUGCGGCUCUUGCCUGGCUUGAAAGACAAUCCGCCAUAUCUUGCCGCUUCGAGGCUUGAACGCGUACUGCCUGUGACCGCAACCCACAAACACCGAACUCACAUUCAGCAUGUUCCGUCAAGGCGCCAUAGAGCAGUACCAGCGACAAUGACACGAAUCCGAUAUCAGAAGAUCAACAACGUCUCCGUGACCCCAAGCACAAUUGCUCUCCUAGACAUGGACAUCAUCCCCUUUGUGCAGAUAGACGCUACUAUUCGACAGGUCGAUCUAUCAUUGAGAAAUGGUAGAACCGAUUCUCUGAUGCCAGGGUUUUUACCGAUGCAAUGUCGAACUGGGGACUGUUUGACAUUCUUGUACAAACUUCACCAAACCCAGGAUUCAAACCUCGCCCCAGGCAUUGGGCUUCCAGGUCGAAACGUUGACGUCUUAUCAAUCGCCAUCAAGUUGGACAUACGACUCAGCGAGGUCUGCCACCCUGUCCUGGUGAUGGAUUGGACGACUCACGUUGAUUUCACGCAAGCAUUGAACCCAUCUUUUGGCCCGCCAUCGCAGCCGAUACAACGUCAAAAUCGACCGACGAGCCUUCCUGUUAACAACAUUAACGGCAGCCCCGCGGCAGGGACCGGCUUCGCCACCAGCCUACAACCAACGUAUGACAUUUUCGCAAAGAGCGGCGUUUCGAUAUCUUUCACAGCCCCCGCAGAGCCUACCAUGGUCGGGCAAGCAUUUACAUGGCGAGUGCUUGUGGUCAAUCAUUCGAGCAAGAUGGCAAAGAUUGCAAUUAUCCCAUUGCCGCGUAUUCAACGUCUUGUCACUCACGCGCAGUCAUUCGCCAAACGACAUGCGCCGAAAUCUUCCACUGCCUCAUUUCAUCCGAGCGAAAGGCGCCACACAAAUAAUGGGGAUGAUAUUGAUGUUGCACAGGCCAUAGUAGACGAGAACGUGGUCUACGCCAUGCAUCACUCGAAUUCGAUUCCGCCCGAAGCGGAUUUGAUGGCUUUGACUGCUGAGCUUCGAAUCGGACCUCUAGCACCAGGCCAGUGCCAUGAGAGUGACAUUCAGAUGGUCGCGUUUGAGGCUGGCACUCUGCGGGUUGAUGCUAUGAGAGUUGUGGAUUUGGUGCGAGAGGUCGAGGAGGGCGGUGCAACAUUAGGUGCACUCACAGACAUAAGAGACUUGCCAGAUGUGGUGGUGACCAGCCCAGUGGCGAGUGGAGAAUCACCGACGUCGACUGCGAGUUCAUCGUGA